CGCCCCCACUUCCCUCGCCUAGACCCUCUUCUCUGUCCCCCGGUCCUCUCUCCACUCACCGGCGCCGCCAGUUCCCGGGGAACACCCGGAGGCCCCCGUCCCGCCGCCACCUGCCACCUCGGGGGUAGCCCGGGGCCGCUCCGGAGUCGCCCGGACCCGAGAGGCUGCUGCACCGGGCCUCAGCCACCCCUCCGGAUGCUGGUGCUGCCGGCCCCCUGCCCCCACCCCCUGGCGCUUCCCUCUGCUGAGGCCAUGGAGGCCCCUCCCCCUCGGAUGCGCCGGUCCCCAGAACCCGGACCCUCCUCCUCCACAGGAUCUCCCCAAACGUCGUCCCCUGCGAGGCCCAGCCACUACUUGCUGAUUGACACCCAGGGCGUUCCCUACACCGUGCUGGUGGACCAACACGGGGAGCCUCAGCGGGAGCCCGGGGCCGACGGGGCUUCGGCUCAGAAAAAGUGCUACAGCUGCCCCGUGUGCUCCCGGGCCUUUGAGUACAUGUCGUACCUUCAGCGCCACAGUGUCACCCACUCGGAGGUGAAGCCCUUCGAGUGUGACACCUGCGGGAAGGCAUUCAAGCGGGCCAGCCACCUGGCGCGACACCACUCCAUCCACCGGGCCGCCGGCGCGCGGCCCCACGGCUGCCCACUCUGCCCUCGCCGCUUCCGCGAGGCGGGCGAGCUGGCCGAGCACAGCCGCGUCCACUCCGGGGAGCGCCCGUUUCAGUGCCCGCACUGCCCGAGCCGGUUUAUGGAGCAGAACACGCUGCAGAAGCACACUCGGUGGAAGCAUCCGUGAGCCAGGCUGCGGGGUACCCCAGGCACCAUGGGGUUCUGGGGGGAGCCUGGACUCCUGUCUCUCUCAGACACCCGCCAGCGCUGGAGGCUGGGAUGCGGCCUCUGGACACAAACAAAGGCCCACCUCGUGUGCAGGCCGAGCCUCCUGAAGGAGGAGCCCCCCGAGUAAUCUUCGGGUCCUCAGUGUUUGGAGAUAAGACGGGAACAAGACCGCACGUUCACA